GACACUAUAAUUGUUUGAUGAUGUCUCCAAAUUCUAGCCGGAACCAGUAGUAAAAGUGUACGUUAUUUUGUCAAUUAGGCCUCAGCCUACUCUUCUAAUUUGAUUUAUUAAUGUGUAAAUACUUUUUUAACUGACUGAAGUUUGAAGUUUGUGUUUGAGGCAUGAAUGGUGACAUAUAUUUAGGAAUAUAUUUCAUACGUUUCUUGUCUACACGUGCCCAGAUACCGACUUUCGUGUGAGCUCUCGAUCGACUCUCGUGUAAACAACACCACAAAAACAACAGACAAUGACAGACGAACAGUCAAUUUAACUCAGUGACACUUAGAUCUGUGACUGUGUACUUGAUCAAACGAUCUAUCUUUUUGUAGUAUUGGAAUUCAACAUGGCAGCCUUCACACAGCGUCAAACAACACCUAAAAAGAAAGAUUUACCAAGAGGGAGCAUUAGAAAGUUUGAACUGAGUGAUGAAGAUGAUUCAAGUGAUCAGAGUGACAGUGAUGAUGAACAGUCCUGGAAGCGUCGAAAGACAGCACCUGCCUUGUCCUUGUCUGAGUCUUCAUUCUACAGGGAUCAGCAGAAGCAGGGAAAGAGUUCUGAGAGACCAGACAACAGGUCUUCAAGGAUGAAAGAUGGAGACAGAGGAGUGGUUACAGUAGGGAAGAGGCGGAAGAACAACAUCUGGGGUUCUGUAGCCGUAGAGCAGAACCAGGAGGUUGUCGAGAGGGAAAUCACACAUUUUGGUGUUGAUCAGGUCAUGGAACGGGAUGUUGAGAGCUACAGCUACAAAGAUACAGAACAGCUCCCUCUUGGUGUAGCCACAAACAUUCCUCCUGGAGAUGAUGUCAUCAAGGGUAGAAAGCUGGUGAAGGCAGUAGGGGAGGAUGAGGAUGACGCUUGGCUUGCAAAUGAUCCACCAAGACAUAGUGAGCAGGAGGAAGAAGAACUAGAAAGACCACAUGAUGACCUUCGGGAAAAAUUAAAGAAGCGUGGCUCCAUGGUUGCUGACAGGUUCCGGCGCUCCAACGUAAAGAGCAGGCUUGGAAAUCAUUCAGACAGUACUGAACAGGUCGUCCUGAUGAAGAAGGUGGAGAUUGACCCCAGUGCUGAGAAAAAGGUUAUCGCAGGUCAGCUUGCUUUCAGCCUCCAAGAGCCAAAGAGAGAACUUAUUCUGAGAAUAGUCAAGAUUCUUGGAGUCGAGAAGGCACUUCAGAUAUGGAAGCAAACAGAGGAGAUUGAAAAUGAUGGUGGAAUGAUGAUAGCGAACCAAUCAAGGCGGCGAUCACCGGGUGGGGUAUUUAUCCAGCUGAUGAAGACAGAUCCAGACAUCUCCAAAGAAACCAUCAAGGACAUCUUCGCAGAAGAGAAGAAGAUCUUUGAAGCAGAGCGGAAAAAGAGGAGAAGGCACACCAGAAAGUCUGCAGCCUUCCACAAGGAUGGGGAUGAUCACCCUGGAAACAGGGAGGAAGAGAUGGAGGAAGCAGGAUUUGAGGGAGAUGGAGAGGCUGUUGGUGAAAUGGACAUGAGAGAUGAUAGAGUUCCGAAGUUAGAUGAUGAACCAUGUGUGAAUGAAAUGGAGCCAAUGCCGGAUGAACCAUCAAACCUUGAUCCUCUGGAUUGUGGAGUACCCUUGCCUCAGAAGGAGUGCAGUGAUAUCAAAGAGGACAAUGAUAAUAUGAUGUUCCCAAAGCUAGAUGACAUCCCACAGAGGAAUGAUGACUCUGAUCCAGAAGAUGGAGAAGUUUUAGAUGAUGAUUGAUUCAAGUAAGCUGAUGUUGUGCAUGCUUUCUGGUAUGCCUAUUUCCAACAGGUUUACAUUUGCUAUAUCAAUUUGUGACAUGGGUCCUGAAAUUGAUUAUUUUGAUUCAAAAAGAGAAGUACUUGUUAUUACAUUAUGAUUGAUUCAUGGAGAGCAAUUCAUUAAAUCAAUAUUGUUAUAAGUUACUGAAAUCUUUCCACCUGAUUGGAUGAAAUGAAAUGGAACAGUGAAAAUCAUGGACAAGAUACUUCAUGAAACUCUCCCCAGUGUGUCUAUGCAUUGCAUACUUUCCUUUAUGCCAUUUUCUAACAGGUGUAAUUACAUUUGUUGUAUCACGUUUGUGACAUGGGUCCAUAAGUUGGUUAUUUUUAUGCAAAAAGAAUUAUGAUUUUCAAGAUUUUAACAGAGAAAAUUGAUGAAUUAUAAGAAACACAUGUAAAAUGGAAUCAAAUGAUGAUCUUGUUUUGCCUUGCCUGGAUAGCAUAAGUGAGGUGGCCGCGACAUCAUCAACAUCAAAAUCCUAACUACAGUUAAAGUUUUUUAAAUGUCAUCACAACUUUGAGAGUAUUUAUGGGCCUAUUUCAUGGAACUUGGACAUCAGGGCAAUGAAGUGUCACUUAUUAUGUAGUAUGAAGAUCAGCUCACGUAAGGUCAAACGUCAUUGGGGUCAAUGAACAUAAACCAUGUUGUAUCACCAUUAUAAAUAUGUUUUCAAGAUAUUAAUUUGAAAGUAUUGGUCCCUAUUUCAUAAAACUUACAUGUAGAUGAGUAUGGUUAUGAAGUAUCCAAAAUAAAGUGACUACAUGUAUAGUAAGAUCAAACUUUACUUUUUUUGUAGUAUCAACAUCAAGAACUUAACCAAAGGUUAAAGAUUUUUAUACAUGUACCUCUACCUACCAAAGGUGGUUCCUGUAUUAAGCAUUAUGUUUUUGUGUCGUCCAUUAGUCCCGUUUUCGUGAUAACUAAGAACUUUUUGACAGAUCAACUUACAUGUAAAGCUUGGUCCACGAUGAUAAUCCAAUGAUGAAGGCGAGUCACAAGGUCAGAAGUCAAAGGUCAUAUUGGUUAUUAAUUUAAACGUUGAGAAUUAUAUGAAAAGUUUAUUCUUGAUCUGGCUAUGGCGUUGGCAUAUAAAUCUCCACUGUUUUCAACUGAGAAUCCAUCUAGUUCUAUUUCACAAUAACUGCAAGUCCCUAUUUUGUGAAAAUUUGAUAUAACUAAGGAUUUUAAAGUACUUAUCAGAAAUUUGACAAGUAUAAUUUUAUGUCACCAAGUCAAGGUCAGAUGUCAUUUCAGUUCAAUUGCUUUGAUGAUAAUUGAUGUAUUUUCUUCAAAUGUUAAUUUAAAGUUAUUCAAUCAAAUUUUAUAAAAAAAAUUGAGAUGGUCUGCAAAUGUCAGCAAUAAAUUAUUACCUUGCCAAGGUCAAAGUGAUUUGGAGGUAGAUGACAUCAUUUGCAGUGAAUGAAUUAUGAACUAAGUAGGUUUUGUUACAUUAAAAUAUAUAUACUUGUAGGCCUAUUAAAAAAAAAAAAAAGUCCUUAUUUUCAUAUUCCAUGGAGCUUGUUAAAAUUAAUCUUCAGGCCUUUGAUUUUAAUAGGGCAAGGCCACUUACUUAUAGGCAAAUUGCUUUACUUUAGUCCUAUUAAGAGGUACCAAUUAUUUUUAAGGCCAAUAAAGAGUGUUGAGACCAGUCAAUGUCACAAAAUCAAGACUGUGCUACAUGUAUGUUAAAUUCAAUGCAAGACUGUUAGGGACAUGCCACUUACAUGUAUCUAUUCAGUUGAAAUUCAGGCAAGCAAAUGUAAUCACUUUUAAAGUGAAAUAGAUUGCCCCAUCUAUGGUGUCAUGGAAACUGAUUUUAUUUUUAGUACAUGUUACAUCAUGAUACAUGUACGCAUUAUUCUAAAUAUAAUUGCUUCUUUUGUUCCAAAUGUAUUAAUUGAUUUGAGUUGAUGUUCUUGUAUUGUAAUUUCUAAGAAAACUGAUGCCAAACAGCAUUGAGGUACAUGUAGUUGGCUCCUGUGAGCCCUUGAUGUCAAUUAAUGCAUUUCAUAAUAAACUAAAAACAUUCAUUAUUAAAAAAAAUAUGAAAGGCUUUGUGGGAUGACCGUUCUUUCAAAAUACAACAUAAUAGAAAAUUGGAGUUUGGAAAUUCAAAGAAAUACAUGUAUUUCACUGAACAAUCAAUCCCAAGCAAAGGGAAGAUAAAGUGUUAAAUAUUAUGUACAACCAAUUGUGAGAUUCCAGAAAAAAACAAGAGUGAGGUUUAUAAUCAUUUUGAAAGAGAACUUUGUGAUUGAUAUUCAGUACACUAUGAUCAACCCUCCCCUCUCAAGAUUAACACAGAAGAGUGACAUCACGAUAAUGUACACAACUUGCAUACAUUUAGGAAAUGCACCAGUUGCCUGACAGAUUCUAUUUUCAAUGAUAUGAUAUUUGUAAAGUGUGUCCCAGUGAAAAUAACCCCCCUGAAAGAGACCGGAUAUCAAUUUUAAAAUUAAUCGUUAUUUCAGCUUUUGUGUCAAGAUUUAGAAAGUCCAAUUAAUAUUAAGUUUUUUAUGGUUGUUUCAUUUGUUUUGUUUGUUCAGCAAUUGACACAUUUCAGCCCAUUCCAAGUUUGCUUCAUGACACAUGUCUGCACUAAAUUGAAAGUUAUUACAACCUGUCAAUUACUUUAAGUACUUUACAUCCCUCUAUUCUAUCUCCAACUUUUGGUUUAUAUUACAGAAAUCAACCAUGGGAAUUAGUGCAGCUUAGAAUUUCAUUAUCAAUGUCAAGAAACAGAAUUUUUGUUAAGAGAAACAAGAAGAAAUCUGAAGUUACACCAAGGUGAGCAAAUCAUUGGAACUUGAGAACAUGACAAGCUGGACUAUGAAAACCAAACCAUAGAUUGAACGCUCUGUACAAGUAAGGAUGACCAUGCAGUGGAACUUAACUUUGAUGAGUAUUCUUCUAAGAAGAAAAUUAAUUUGAAUUAGUAAUCAAGGAGGGAUAAAAUGCAGAAACUUAUUAUUGACAUAAAGUGAAGCAUGGAAUGAGUGAAUGUGUGUAGUGCACAAUGCUUUUUAACCAAUUUGGAAUGGGUUGAUGAUCACUGCUGUUACAGAAUAGCAUACAUUUGAGACCUUAUCAAUUUUUACCAGAACUACAAACAGAAUUGGGCUUUGCAAAUUAUGUAUUACAAAAUAAUUAAAUGAAAUCUUGAUUCCUGUUAA